AGUUCAGCGGGUCGGCAGAGGGGACAACGAGCGAUUGUCAGCGGCGCCUUCAGCAUCCGCCGCUUGAGCCUCUAGCGCUCAGAGUGGUUUUACACGCGCAUAAGAAGACGCCAUUUUGUCAAGUCUGUGUUGUUAAAUGUGUUGGACCGAUAUAAUCUCUCCAAUUGAGCCUCCUCGCUCCUCGCCUAGGGCCAGUAAAGCAGUAGUAGCACAGCUAGAGCCAAUUUUCUUUUAUAUAAUCCACAAAAUCGGUCGUUUUCUAUACCUGCAACGAUCGAUGUGAGGUUGGUUGAAAAAUGACACAAUUUUUGCCACCAAAUUUAUUGGCACUAUUUGCCCCACGCGAUCCCAUUCCGUAUCUACCACCGGUCAACAAGCUACCCCAUGAGAAGAAAAAUGGUGGAUAUCUCGGGGUUGGCGGAUUUCUUCAAUUCUUCGAGGAUCCCAAGGAUACACCACCUCCGGUGAGGGUAGAAACCCGUGAAGAACGUCUCGAAAGAAGAAGAAGAGAAAGAGCCGAGCAAGUCGCUUACAAACUAGAACAAGAAAUAGCAUUAUGGGAUGCUGCUCGCAUAUCAAAUGUCACGGCGGAUCCUUUCAGAACUUUGUUCAUAGCACGUAUUAAUUACGACACCUCUGAAUCAAAACUAAGACGAGAAUUUGAAGUUUAUGGUCCGGUAAAAAAAAUUGUUGUUAUUCACAAUACUAUCAAUGGAAAACCCAGGGGAUAUGCGUUCAUCGAAUACGAGCAUGAGAGGGACAUGCACUCUGCGUAUAAGCACGCGGAUGGUAAGAAAAUAGAUGGUCGAAGAGUAUUGGUCGAUGUGGAACGCGCAAGAGCGGUCAAAGGAUGGCUCCCACGGAGACUCGGCGGUGGAUUAGGAGGUACGAGGCGCGGUGGUCCCGACGUCAAUAUCAAGCACUCCGGUAGAGAGGACAACGAGCGUGAACGAGAACGAUAUCGGCUCGAACGUGAGAGAGAGGCAUCCGGUCGUGGCCUCGACAGAGAUCGCGAGCGAGAUCGCGUGGACAGAGAACGCAGGAGAUCGCGAGAUCGAAAGCGUCGGAGUCGCAGCAGAUCGAGAGAUCGGAAAAGACGACGAAGUCGCGAUCGAGGAGCCGAGCCCGAGAUCGAGGAGAUUCAGAGAGAGGAGAGACCUCGAGGAGAGCGAAGGGAUCGCGAUCGCGAUCGGGAAAGAGAACGGAAACGAAGACGCUCUAGAAGCACCGAGAGAACCGAGCGUGAACGCGGUGAGCGCAAACGCGUUAAGCGUGAUCGGGAGCGUGAACGUCGCGAUCGCAAAGAUCGCGGAGAUCGAACCGACGAGGAUACCAAGGAAAUUCGAAUCAAGGAAGAACCGAUGGAUGAUUAUCCAGAUUACAACAACACAUUCUCCAGCUCAACCUCGUACUUCGCUAACGUUAAGUACGAAGACGAUAACGACGAGGUAGAGGAGAAGUAUAGAAUUCCGGAAGGUCGGCCCGAACCGCCUCCCUAUAAUAAUUACGACUCUGUACAGGAUUAUUGAACUAUCAAAUGUCAAAUUUUUGUCCUCUUUCGCUCGACAUUUCAUUUGCACAAUGAGACGACGACACGAACGAUUGUUGAAAUCCCGCUGUCCUUUCAUUAACGAAUCUUAGGAAUAACAAAUGCCCCCCUCCUCGCCCUCACUUUACCAGAUUGAUUACCGUGUUUACCAAUCUUUCGCGUGCGUACGUACGUUCCUGCGUAUGUGUUCUCGAACAGAAAUGAAAAAUAUGAAGCUCCGCUGACCCGCCCCCCUCCCCGUUCUGUUGAAUUCUUUUGACGAAAUGUUUAACCUUUUUGCUUUGCCCUUUCCGUCGUCCCCCAAUUUCUAGCGCACCGUGCGGAUGUCCGGUAAUAUUCAUCUUAACGCAUUCACAGCAGAUCGGAAGGAAGCAAAAUAAUUCAACGAUAUAAAAUAACAAUUUGACCGAUGUGCGUCGGUCGCGAUCCGCCUCCUCCUCUUGUCUCUGGCGUCGAUCGAAUCAAUUGAUGAGAAAUGAAAUACAUUCAAUCUGUAUAUAAUACGAUGUAACUCUAAUCAACCAACUUUCAUUGCUGUAUGUACAUUUAUACAUAUAGAAAUAAAAUGAAUAAAAACACUCGUA